UCAAGUAAAAGACAUCUGGGUUAUUGAGAGUGACAGAAAAUGGACAGAAGAUGAGAGAAUAAAAAUGAAGAUCUCGGCUCUACAGACUGUGGGUGGAGAAUCGUCUAGUCCACAUUUUCCACUGUCGGUUCCUGUAGCAGAACUGAGGCUGGUGCUGCUGGGGAGGACGGAGUCUGGGAAGAGUGCAGCAGGAAACACCAUCCUGAGCAAAGAGGAGAGGAACCAGGCUGCUACAUCUACAGCUAAAUCUACAGCUACAUCUACAUCCACUCAGCAGAGUAAGAGCACACAGGGGGAGGUGGCUGGGAGGAAGGUGACAGUGGUGGACACUCCUGACUGGUUCUCUCCUGGACUCUCUCUGGAGAGGCUGAGACAUGACGUGGGACUCUGUGUGCAUCUGUCUGCUCCAGGACCCCAUGCAUUUCUCCUGGUCAUACCUGUAAAGCAGCCUACAGGAGAGGAGAGAGGGAUGCUGGAGAAAAUAGAGGAGAUUUUUGGAGAAAGAUGUUGGAGAAACACCAUGAUCAUAUUCAGUGUUACUAAAGAACUUCAGAGGAAAAACAUUGAGGAGUUUAUCCAAUCAGGAGACCAGGAGGUCCAGAGACUAGUGGAGAAAUGUGAGAACAGGUUUUACUGUCUCAACGUUAAAGAGAGUGAUGAUGGUUCUCAGGUCUUAGACCUGCUGGAGAAGAUAGAGCAGAUGGUGGGAGGAAGCAGAGAGAAAUUCUACAGCAGUGAGAUCUACCUGGAGACAGAAUCUCAGAUUAGAGCAAUGGAGACUAAGAUCCUGAAGGAAAGAGAAUACAAAAGAAUGAGAGAGGAGAUGGAAGUGAAGGUAAAAAUAGAUAAGGAGGUGCAGGACUCUCUGAAAAAGAUAGAGGGAGUGAUCCAGGAGCAUGAAGGAGACAUCAUACAACUGAUUGACAGAACAACUGAACUGGAGAGAAAGGUCAAAGAAGAGAGAGAUGAAGAGAAAAAGAGAGGACUUGAGAGGGAGCUGAAACGAGAGGUAGAGCAAAGGACAGAAAUGGAAGAAAAGGUGAAGAAACUCAAAGAAAAGAGAGAGAGGGAGAGGAGAGAGAUGGAGGAGAGGCACCAAGAGGAGAUAGAGGAGAUCAGGGAGGUGUAUGACAAAGAGGUCAGGAUGGAGACAGAGAGAAACCUCAUAAAGACCAUCCUGCCUGAACUCCAGAGAAACAUUUUGGCCUCGAAAACAAAGAUGCAGGAAGAGUUCAGCAGACAGAUGGAGAAGAAGAACAGAGAGCUUAAGACUCUUAAACAGAAACUUUUAGACCUCACAGAGACUCACAGUCUGUGUAAAGAGGUUUAUGGGAAAACUGUGAGCAGCUCAGAGUCAGAGAGAGCAGCUGUAACAGAAGAAGUGUCGAAGGGAAUAUUUCAGACAUUGACCGACUUUUUUGUCACUGGAUAACAGAUGACAUUAUAACUUUAUAACAUUAUGAAGCCACAGACACUCAACCAGUCUGAAAUAAAGUCUUUCAGCCAGUGAUUUUGGACAUGGCUGAACUGGGAUAAAAAUAAAUCAGCCCUGGCCUUUUUGCUCCAGGCAGCUCAACACUACAGUAGAAGAAUUGGUCUAGACAGACACCACCCAUGUACAGUACAAGUCAGAAAAUUUGAAUAUCCUGAAAAAGCGUGGUUUUUGUUUCUUUGUUUUUGUGUUUGUUUGACUUACAGUCUGCUUUGAAGAGGUUUAUCAGAAAUCUGUGAGAAGCAGCUCUGAGCCAAAAAGAGCAGCUGUAACCGGAGAGGCAUCAAAGGGAAUUUCUCUGAAAUUGAAAGAAUUUUUUCACUGAAUAACAGAGUUCAUAAAGCCCCAGACACUCACCCAGUCAGAAACUGAGCAUGCAAUCCAGAGACAGUGGACAGAGCUGGACUGGGAUAAACAUCCAAUUACUUUAUUUAGCUGCACUGCAUAUAAGUUAUCUUGUUUUUCAAACACACACACACACACACACACACACACACACACACACACACACACAUAAGGAUAGGAUACCUCUCAAUAAGUUCCUAUUAUCUUGAGGCUCCUCCCUACUGAUUCAGCUCCCUCUCCUCCUGCUUCUCCUCAUUCUGCCCUUCACUCCAGCCCUUAUCAUCGAUUACAGUUCACUCCUGCUCUCCUCUAUGACUCUAAACCUGCUCUUCUACACCUGUCUGAUGAUGCUGCACAAUGAAGAGGUGACUGCAGCAGUCUCUACAGAUGUCUGGAAUCUUUGCACAUUUGGCUGCAAACUUCUAAGCUUUUUCUCACAGAGCUUUUACAAAUUACCUAUUUUUAUAUGGGCGGAGCUAGGUACUUCAUCGCUAUGGUGUCACGUGAUUGGUCUUAUGCUGUCAGCAGACAAAUCAAUGGGUCCCUCAGUGGAUCCCAGUCUCUCCGUGAUAGGCCAAAAAAAUUAUCAAUAAAUGUAAUAAUAAUAAUAAUAAUAAUUUGUAUCAGACCUAAAUCCCAUUGGCCCACUGGGAAAAUGCCCGUUAUACCAGAGUCCCUGAUGGCCCUGAUGGUGGACAUCACUGAGAAGAGAGAUUAGC